CGGACCGCGUGGUAGGAGGCUGCCGCGAUUCAAUUUCAGUCGAGGCGCGACAGGCAGACCGAGCGAGCGAGCGAGCGAGCGAGCGAACGAGCGAACGAACGAACGAACUUGGCUGGCUGGCUGGCGAGUGGACAGACGAGCGAUCGUCGUUAAGAACUAGUCGGGGUGCUCUCCUUUCCACGCCUCGAUUUUCGAGUUCUCGCUAAGGAGAGACAGAGACAAAGAGGAGGCAGUGCGAGGGAAGGGGAAAGAGCGAGAGCGAGAGAGAGAGAGAGAAGAAAAUUCGCGCGCUCGUGCGCGCGCACUCAGUCUCGAGUCGUGCGGUGCUUCGUCGUCGCAGGUGUAGUGUACACACACACACACGCGCGCGCGCGCGCACGCGCACACAAGCGGAUACGAGGCCCGCGUCGCAGGCGCCCUUCACGCGCCUUCGUUCUCCCCCCCACCAGCGUGCACUGUAAGGGUAAACUUGUUUGUGCGUGUAAGUGUGUCUCCAGCAUCCAGUCGGUGUUUACGUCGCGCACUGACGUGCGUGUCGUCGCUUAGCCGCGCUGCCCGGCCGAUUUCGCGCGAUACACUGCCGAUCACCCGGAGGUUUGUUCGCGUUUGUUAUUCGGGGGGACUGUUAUCACGAAGACGGCCCGUUAGACGGUUUUCGCCGAUCGCCGAGCGCUGAUCGGUUAUCGUCGCCGACCGGCGACGGUGAUUUUUCGCGGGUUCCUCGCGCCGCUUCGAUUGUGCAAAACUUCAGGCCGGUGCGGCGGCCGGCAAGUGAUACAAAUGGCGGUCACCCCGGCACAUUACGACGGCUCGUGCGGACGGAAAGGUGGUGAGUAACAUCGCGGGGGGGGGAAGGGGGUAAGUUGACGGUCUCGUCGCGGAAUGCUCGAUGCUUCGGCAUGGAUUCUCGCUCGAUUCGUGCGAUCACGAUUACGUGCGUGACGGUUUGGUGACGACAUUGAGGAAGGGACAACUGCUCACACCAUGUCUGCCAUGAACGGUAGCUGCUUGUGAGAGAAGGGAUUUCGUCUGCGCCGUUGUCGACAAGGAGAAUGGAAUUCGGGGGCUACAAGGGCACCGGGCCCCGCGUCAGGGUGCGCCGGCGUGCGGAAUUGGGCAGACGGCUCACCAGGAGGCUGUCCAUCGUCGCGAAGAUGCCCGCUGCGAUUCUCAGCAGAGCGAAUCCGCCGGAACCGAGACCGGUCGAGAUCACGGCAAUCGCACCUGACAAGACGCAGCUCACUUUAUCGGCUUCGUCGCCCGGCGCUAUCUCUUCUGUGGUCGCGCCGGUGCUGCUGAAGUUCCGAGUGUGCAGACCACGGCUGCUGCUCGCCGGUUCGAGGGCCGAGGUCGACCCCGCGGCCGACGUGGCCCUCCUGCACGGUGAGGUCUUGCUCAUCGAGGACUCUGCGAGGCAGUACGACGCGAUAGGAGACACAGACCGCAGAUACCGGGCCACGGAGAAGCUGUUGCACGCGGAGGAAGAGUAUCACGAGACGCUGUGCAGCGCCAAAGAAUUAUACGCGCGGCCUUUGGCACGGAGCUACCCCGAGUUCCAUGACGUCAUUUUUCAGCCCUUCGCGGACCUGUCAAGAAUCAGCGCAGAGCUCUGCCAGAGGAUCCGCGGGGCGCUCGAAAAUUGGGACGGCGGUGCCUUCAAGUCGAGUGACUUAUUCCCCGGCACGUUUUGGAGUUCUUACUGGGAAUACCUGGAGAGGUACAGCGAGGCGAGGAGGACUCUGGACGAGCUGAAAGCGACCGAGGACCCCCUACUGCACUUUCUCAGAGUCAGGCAGGCAGCAGCGAGGCACUCGCCUUCGUCUUUGCUUCUCCUACCGGUUCAGAGGCUUGCCGAUUACGAGAGGUACCUGGGACAGGAAGCGAGAAACCUGCUUGAGAACGACUUCGUCAGUAGCGGGGAGGUUCUCCAACGGGGACAGCUCGAGGGCGACCUUCAUCGCAUCCAAGAGCUAUUCCCCGGCGACAACCUGCGAUUACACGAACGAGAUGUCCAAACAACGAAGAUGAAAAACUUGAACUUACGUAAGAGGAACGGCAACAAUCCCGGCAAGCUAACGAGAGUGUUGUCUCAGAAGUCCCUGAAUUCCUCGAUGCUCUACGCGAAUAAUAGUCCACCAGCGAAAUCGCCGUCGAGGACCUUCCUCUUGGAAACGCCAGUUCAGUUCACUACGGGCAUGCAAUCUCAGGAGAGGCAUCUCUUCCUCUUCACCGAUCUCCUGCUGAUCGCGAAGUCGCGAAGUGGCGGAAACUUCAAGCUAAAGCAGACCGUUAGGAUGAGCGAGCUCUGGCUCACUGCGGGUCACAUAGAGGACGUGGCAGAGACCAGCAAGUCCUCGGAGACCAGCUUUGUCCUCGGAUGGCCCACUACGAAUGUCGUGGCGACUUUCAUGACCGCAGCGGCACGAGACCUCUGGUGGGGACGGCUCACUGAGCUCGUGCGAGAGGAGAGCAUGAAGGAGCCGCCGCACACGAGCAUCCGAGUCCUGUAUCACGACAGCGACACGAACACGGAACACUGCAAGUCGAUCAUGGUGGGUUCCGAGAUGACGGCGGCGGCCUGCCUGAAUCUGGCGAUGCCGUUGCUGGAUCUUCAAGGGCACUUCCAGCUAUGGGCCAAGACCGCCGCGGACGAGGCGCCGUAUCCGCUGAUAGGCCACGAGCGACCGUUCGCCGUGAAGAUGUCGAGUCUGCGGCAUAUUCUGUCGGCGGAGGAAGGUUUCGAUCUGGAACACUGCAACAAAAGUGUCCACGAUACUUGUCACUUCAUCCUCAGGCCAAUAAUGAAAUCGCCCGUAAAGAAGAACAGUCGGUCUAAGAUCACCGAUCUGUUGCGACGAUCCCUGUCAUUAAAUCCGAGCCUAUUCGGCGUGAAUUUAUCCAAGCUGGACGAGAACGGCCUGCCUAAGCCGGUAUUGAUGAUGCUGCAGCAGCUGUUCGCCAAGGGUCCCUUCACACAGGGCAUUUUCCGCAAGUCUGCGAACGUCCGAAUUGUCAGGGAGCUGCGGGACCAGCUAGAGUCCACCAGUGACCCCAGCUGUCUCGAGGAUGCGCCGAUCAUAGCGGUGGCAGCCUUGCUGAAAGACUUUCUGAGAUCAUUGCCAGACCCUCUCUUGACCUCCCAUUUGUUUCCCCUUUGGAUGGAGAGCUUGGAUUCGCAGCAUCCCGUGCAAACCAUGAAGAAUAUCCUGGACAGGCUGCCGAAGGCGAACCAUACGUUACUCUCGCACCUGGUUUGCGUGCUACAUCACGUAGCGAGGCGAUCGAAGCGUAACCUCAUGUGCGCCAGCAAUCUCGGUGUAUGCUGCGGCCCGAGUCUACUCUGGUCGGCAAAUCCAUCGGUGAACCAGAGCAGGGCGAUCCCGACGAUCACAGAGAUGCUGAUUCGUCAUUGCGAGGAUCUGUUCGGCGCCGGCGUCACGCAGCUUCUCGGAGAAGAACGCAGUGAUAGCGGGGCCGAAGAAAGUACCGAUAGUCUUCACUCAGGUGGGCUUUCCUUGGACAGCCUCGAUCUGACGGAGCACCCGCGUAGGGACCCCAUGACACUUUCGAGAGAUUCCGGCUUGACAUUAUCGGAUUGUCAGCUGUUUCUGCCGGAGUCACCAGUAGGCUCGGAGGAUUCAACGAUGAACGCGCCAUCGUCGACCUUCGACAAGCCCCUCGCGAAGGAGGACAAAUCCAACGGCAAAACCUACACUCGGGUUUACGCCGGAUGGGAGGAGCGCAUGAACAGCUACGCAUCCAGUAGCCACCAUUCGAACAGCGUGGAGCACAACUUCAGAGAAGAGAAGACCGCUGGUGGCGCGUGCCCGAAUCCCAACUUUCAGAGACAGGACUGGCUACGAGCUCAACUGAAGAGGACGCCCAGGACGAAGCUGGAUGAGCACGAGCACAGGAAGGAGAGGUACGACGACAAGGACCUGUACGGCCAAGAAUACCUUAGGCAAGACUCGAUGAAGGAGAACGUGGAGAACUGCAAGGACCUCUACCGCAGCCCACAGCAACAGGAUAUCCGCGGUGGUGUGAAAAGAUGCCCGAUCCACAACUCGAAGCAGGACGUGUCGGGCGACACGUCGCCCCUGUGCAAUGUGAGUCGUUACGAGUUGAAGAAGAAGGAGCGCUUCAGCGAGUUCAAGAAGAAGAUCAAGUCCGAAGACAAGUACACGAGCACCGGAGACUUGUCGGUGUCGCAGAACAGCGGCAAUUACCGUUCGAAGAGCAGCGAGUUCUACAAGAAGCCGAAGAGCAGCGAGCUGUACGCGAAGAAGGAUUCGACGACGCGCGGUGCCGCCGGCGAGCGUUACGAGUCCGACAACAACACGUACGCCACGAUUAACCGAGAUCGCACGGGUGACCUGUACGGCUCCAACGAGCGCAUCGACACGUGGCCGUUCGUGAUGGCCGAGCCGAUCGACCUGUCGCUCUACGAGCCCAGCGAAGACGACGACGACGACGACGAAGAAGAGGUGGUGGAGAUGCAAGUACAGGUUCAGAGGACGUGGGUGGAGCCGCCGCCGCCGUUGCCGCCACGGCUCAGGCAAUUGCCGCCGGUGCACAUGAACCUGGAGGAUCGUCACAAGGUAGCAGGCAGGUCCAGGUCUCUGCCUCCGCCGCCACCGUAUCGCCCGCCGCCACAACCUCGUGCGCCCAUCACCACGAGGCACUUGGGUCACGGGAGAUCCGUCGUCGACGACGAAAGCUACGUCUGAGAGAGGCGAAUGCGUUCACGUUGGCGGACGACAGCAGAGGCCGUGUCCAAGUCGUGCUGGCCCGCCACAACACGACGAUCGAACCUAGUCCAAACACACGUGUAUAUCGCAAGCGAGAAGAAUUUAGAGAAGAGACACCGUCGACGGAGCGCGCGCGACCUCCGGAUUUUUUCUUCUGUAAAGAGCGAGGAGUACUUAUCUUUUCCGAUCAAACUUAGAGAUAGCGAUUAGGGACUAGCGGAUUAGCGUUAUAGCAACGAGCGAGUACGACGAGUUUACGCGCGUGGCACGGGGUUCGCUCGUGACCACCGACGUUAAAUCAACCUUGGCUCGUGCUCUCCCGGCACACACAUAUUGUCCUUUUCUUUGGCUCUUGACAUCUAAAACGCGGCAAUUCAAUGUCCACUUCACGCGGCUGCCUGCUCCUUUCCAUACAUGUACCGAGUUGUAUAAUCGGAAAGCCAGAUCUGCAGACAGCCGCGUCUCGGGCUAAACGGGCGCCGAACGGAGUCGAGAGCACGGGCCUCCGACUGUUAUUCACAGUGAUUCAGGGUGCUUCCACAAAAGCGUUCAUUCGCGUAGUGUCUUGACGGACAUUCGUAUAUAUACAUACAUAUAUGUAGAAGGAUUACUGUUAAGAAAGCGUAGACGUAGUAACGGACAAGACUAGCGCCGGGAUGAUCUUCACCGAGAGUAAUCGAUUAGUCUUCUUACGUUCUAACGAUAUCAUGAAAAUGUGAUGGCACGCACGUAUAUGUGUGUUGUGUAUGCGGUGUGUAUGAACUUUUGUUCUGUGCGGAGAUGUAAUUUCCGUUGCUGCUUACGGCCCAAGUUAAAGGACAAAAAAAUAUAUAUAUCAUUUUGUAUCAUGUUUUAUAGCGCAUUAACCAGCGUGGAAAACUUUUUAUCGUUGUAAAUUCUUUUUAACGGAUACACUCUCUCGAUCGAGCCGAGAUUUUUUCGUCGAUACUGUCGACACAGUGUGACAGUGUUGCGGCUUUAUUAUAUUUUUAAGUUAAUCCUAUGAGGCCAGGAUCGGAUUUAUGUCGCACGGGAAACGCGUGGAAGGUGGAGCUAAAGGAAUCUGCAGGAUUUCGCAAUAUCAUCUCUUUCGUCUCGCGCAUUUAUUAUCGGUACGUAAUUGAAAUUAACUUUGAGUUCGUUCUCUUCAAGAGACUUUUGCCUGCUUCUUUUUACAUCCGAUCCUGUGAGAGACGUCCGUACAUCUAUUUUAGUGAAGCUCUUAUUGACAGAAUUAUCAUUUUCUCUUUUUCUUUUUUUUUUUAACGUUUUUUUACCGCGUUGGAAAGGAGGUGAAAAAAAAGAAAAUUCUCCAGAGAUUUCUCGUAGCGUUGCUGUUGAACAAGAACACGACACGAAGCAACAUCCUCCGUGCGUAAUACAAACAACAAUAAUAUUUUCUUUCUGACAAUUGUGUCAAUGUGGUUUAUAAACGUAGAGUGUACACAUCGUAGAGAGAAACGCUUUGUGCGCGGACGCAAAUGCGACCGAGUUCUCAAUAGAUAAGAUACGAGGAACAUUAAGGUUACAUCGACCAGCUUCUUAUUCUUUGUAUAUAUUUUUAUUCAAUUGUAAACUGUAAUCUUUUAUAUUCGCUAUACACAGACCGGCAUUAGUGCCAUCCCACUCUCUAGCUCUAAGGCUACUGAAAAUUAAGUCCAACUGUGCGCAUUCUGUUUGUACGUGAUGGUGCAUUCGAUUGGACACUUGUGACCCCAGAGCUAGUGAAUGUAACGAUAUUAAGGUCGAUAUGUGUACACUUUUAUAAUACAUAUUAUGUAACACUCACAAGAUAUGUAUACUUAUCUAAAUUAUAUGUUAUGCUACAAAAGUAAAUAUAUUUCGUAAAUAUA